AUGAAAAGUAAAAGGAUUAUCUCGCCUGUAUUUUCUACUUAUUCCCCCUCCAUAAGCGAGCAAAAUCACUGGUAAAUACCUAUUUUUUACAAUCUGUGAGCAAGUAAAAAAUUUUAUAAACGAAUAUUUUGAAAUAUAAUAUAAUGAAAUCUAAUUAAUUCUAAACAGCUUGUAUUUUAAAUCAUAAAUUUACAAAUUAAAUUAAUUUUUGCGUAUUAGAAUUUUUUGAAAAUUUAUAAUAAAUUUAUAUGUAAAAUCUUGAAAUCAUUUAACCCCUACAAAAGCAUAAAUAUUUUGUUUCGCUCAUACAGGGGGUUAGGAAAAAGCUGGUUAUGUAGCCAAUCUCAGUAACAUUUACAAUAGAAAUCAGCGACAACCAAAUUCUCACUGGAGAUGUCCAAGACAUUAUUUCAAAUUUAGAAAAAGAUUCAGAAGACGAAAAACUAGAGGACGAGGAGUAAGGCUUACUCAGGAUCAUAUCGUCACUGACUGAAAAAAUCAAUAAAAAACGUUUGCUUAAGCUUAAAGAAAAAUUCAAUCAAGCAGACACAGAUCAAGGUGGAGCUCUAGAGCUUGAAGAAUUUGUGGCUGCCUUCGGCAGCGUCCUUGGUAAAAACCUCACAAAAAGAGAGUUAGUUCAGCUCUUUAUGAGAAUUGAUACAAACUCUGAUGGCUCAAUUGACUGGGACGAGUUCAUGAAUUUCAUCAUUCUAGAAAAUGAGAAUUUGGCCCAUAUGAGGGCUGAGCAUUGUGAGUAUUAUAACCCAAAAAUCCCAGACCCUACAGCAUCUCAGAAAACUAAUCUGCAUAAUGAUAUGAUUUCGAAACUCCUUAUCAUAAAUUCAGGUGAAGCUACUGAUACUUGUAGAUAUGUGACUGGGAGCUAUGAUGGGAGAUCAAUAAUUUAUUUACUACAAAAAUAAUGGUGAAUGUUUUUAGAAAAAAAUUAUUAGAAUUUACAUGAAUGCCCUCACCAUCAAUGAUGGGACUGUAAAAAUAUGGAACCCUUCCACUCUUACACCUAUUACCAGCAUUCAGGUUUCUGAAAACUGGGUCACUUCUCUAGCUUAUCUUAAAAACUAUGAAAGACUGGCAGCUGGAAGCACAGACAGAAGCAUUUCGUUUUAUGACCUAAAUAAAUCAAACGAGUCAAUUUCCAACCCUUUAUCAAGAAUUAACGACCUUCGAGGCAUUCCUCUCUGUAUGGAAUACAUUGAAGACGACAGCAUGUUUAUAGCAGGCGAUGACCAAGGCUACAUUUAUCUCUACAAGCUCUAUGAUGGCUGGCAUAUCUGUAACACCCGUAUGCCCUGCCACAAGACAGAUCUAAUUUCCACUCAAAACAGCCAGCUUUCCAACCACGAAAAAAAUAUUUCCAAACAAAAACAAGAAGCUCCUAUAAAAGGUGUCAAAUUUAAGACCCAUUUUAUGGAAAAUAUCGAAAUAAUGGAAAAAAAUAUUCAUUCUUCCUGGAUUACCAAGGUAGAAUAUAUCCCUGACUUAGACUCCUUAAUGACCUGCUCCCUUGACAAAACAAUCACACAGUUUGACUUAGAAAGGCAUCAGGUAAAAAGUACUUAUAAUUACCACAAAAAAGGGGUUUUAAGCUUCGUGUGGUGCCCUGAUUUUAAAUUUGUGGCAAGCUGCGGCGAAGAAAGGGUGAUUACCUUAUGAAACCCUUAUAACAAAAAAGGGGCCAAAACGCUACUGCAAGGGCAUAAUUCAGCGAUAAUUGAUAUUGCGCUGAAUCAGGAUAAGUUUCAGUUGGUAUCAUUAGGGACUGAUAAGGUUGUAAAAGUAUGGGAUAUCAGGACUUAUAAAUGUGUGCAGACUAUUGUCGACAAGACUAUUUAUAGACCAGAAAACAGACUGACUGGAGUUUAUUUUAACCCAAACAUAAACUCAUUGCUGCUUACCAGUAAGAAAAUUAAUGUCUGGCCAUUCAAAGCCCAAGAAGAGCUCCCAACAAGCCAUGAAUCAAUAGUAACCUGCGCUAUUUUUAAUAGGAAUUUUAACUGCAUCAUUUCUGGUGACGAAGAGUCUAAUAUUCACAUAUGGAACCUAAAAGAUGGAAAAUUACUAUUUAAGUUUUCAGAAGCCCAUGGGAGAAAUAGGAUCACAGCGAUGUCCCUUGAUUCUUCCCACAGGAGACUUAUUACAGGUGGCCACGAUGGCUCCAUAAAGAUGUGGAAUUUUAACAAUGGUCACUGUUUAAGAGAAUUUAACUAUGACCAAGAACCAAAAGAAGUCUCCAAAAUCAUGUUUAUAGGUAAUGAAAAUUCAAGCAAGCUGCAGCAUAUCGUAUCAGUAGGCUGGGAUAAACAUGUAUAUGUAUGGCCUGAUGAAAACGACCAAGUCGUCUCCUGGAUAAAAUGUUUGCCUAAAUCAGGGCGGCUCGUUUGGCUUUUGAGAGAUACGGGCUGCAUACAAUAUAAGAAACCAAUAUGUAAUUAAAAGAAAAGAGCCAGUGUUUCACAUCAAUAAGAUAUCAUUAUGUACUAUAAGUAACUUAUAAUAAGGAGCAAAAAAACCAUUAAAUUUGACGGUAAAUUUUUUUUUUUUUAUGUCUUAAUGAAAAAAGCUUGUUGGCUAUAUAAACUAUGAUACUGUUAAGUCUAUUAAAUAAGCAACUUAUAUGUACUAGAAAUAAGAUCUGACAGUUUCAUAUAAUAGCAAACUGACUUUAUACCUUGUUUGCAAUUCCAUUCUGAAUAUAUUAAAAAAUCAAUAAACGCUUCUCUUAAUAAAAAAAUAAAUCAUUAUGUCACUAAAUUGGGUUUAAGUCAUCAGUAAAAAACGAAUUUCAUCUCUCUUUCUCAAGAGAUAACGGUUUAUUAGGUGCUGCAAAAACCCGCUUAAAAAGACCGUUAUAUUUGCGCAAAAAUUAAUACAAUUUCUGCAUCGAUUUGCGUUGCAACACACAUUAAUAUAGUGAAACGAUGCUUUAUUUUGAGCCUUAUUUAUAUUAUAUUUUAUGUCUUAUAUAAGAGAAUUCAAUAUGAUCUAAUAUUUCGAAAACUAUCAGCUCAUGAAAAUGUGAAAUCGUUUGCUUACUCCCCCCCCCCCCCUCCGUGAGCGAACAAAACCCAUUAGAAAAAUCGCCAUUUUUUGACCAAAAACCCACCCUCCGUGAGCGAACAAAAAUUUUUUUAAUAGAAAAAAUUUUAAUGGAAAAAAAUUUUGAUAUAUAAGUGAUAAUUAGUAUAAUGAAAUCUAGAGCUAAUUCUGUUUAAUUUUAAACAAAUUGCGUUUUAAAACAUAAAUUUUGCAAAUUAAAAUUAAUAUUUGCUUCCCAAUUUUUGCAAAUUAGGAUUUUUUUAAAUUUCGAAAAAAAAUAUUUUUUUAUAAAAUUUUAUAUAUAAAUUUUUUUUAAAAAAAAAAUUAACCCCCCUCCGUGAGUGAACAAAAUUUUUUUGUUCGCUCACGGAGGGGGGGGGGGGGAGUUAGUGAAAAAAAAUUUAAACAGAGCUCCUUAAAAUAGAAAUUAAUUUUUUUAAGGAAAAUAAAUUAAAAUUUUGUUAUUAGAUACUUUUAGAGCAAGCUUUGCUUAUUUAUUGCGCUUUUUUUUAUAAAUAAUAACAAUAUUUAAGGUAAAUCAUACUUAUUUCAGUUCUAAGUGUGCCUCUCUCAGUGGCUAUUAAAUAUAUUAAAAUUAUUAAAUAAUAUAUAAAACCGUUUUUCAAGACAUAUUCUUUCAAAAUAUAUCAAAACGAUGACCAAAAUUUGCAAUAUUUUUUUGAGUUAAUUUCCUUAAAAAAGGUUUUUUAUAAGUUUUUUAAUAAUUUUAAUAUAUUUAAUAGCCACUGAGAGAGGCACACUUAGAACUGAAAUAAGUAUGAUUUACCUUAAAUAUUGUUAUUAUUUAUAAAAAAAAGCGCAAUAAAUAAGCAAAGCUUGCUCUAAAAGUAUCUAAUAACAAAAUUUUAAUUUAUUUUCCUUAAAAAAAUUAAAUUUCUAUUUUAAGGAGCUCUGUUUAAUUUUUUUUCACUAACUCCCCCCCCCCCUCCGUGAGCGAACAAAAAAAUUUUGUUCACUCACGGAGGGGGGUUAAUUUUUUUUUUUUAAAAACAAUUUAUAUAUAAAUUUUAUAAAAAAUAUUUUUUUCGAAAUUUAAAAAAAUCCUAAUUUGCAAAAAUUGGGAAGCAAAUAUUAAUUUAAUUUGCAAAAUUUAUGUUUUAAAACGCAAUUUGUUUAAAAUUAAACAGAAUUAGCUCUAGAUUUCAUUAUACUAAAUUAUCACUUAUAUAUCAAAAUUUUUUUCCAUUAAAAUUUUUUCUAUUAAAAAAAUUUUGUUCACUCACGGAGGGUGGGUUUUUGGUCAAAAAAAUGGCGAUUUUUCUAAUGGUUUUGUUCGCUCACGGAGGGGGGGGGGGGAGUAAGCAAACGAUUUCACAUUUUCAUGAGCUGAUAGUUUCGAAAUAUUAGAUCAUAUUGAAUUCUCUUAUAUAAGACAUAAAAUAUAUUAUAUAAAUAAGGCUCAAAAUAAAGCAUCGUUUCACUAUAUUAAUGUGUGUUGCAACGCAAAUCGAUGCAGAAAUUGUAUUAAUUUUUGCGCAAAUAUAACGGUCUUUUUAAGCGGGUUUUUGCAGCACCUAAUAAACCGUUAUCUCUUGAGAAAAAGAGAUGGAUUUCGUUUUUAUUUAACUGGAUGAACUUUGACUUAUAAACAUAACAAUUCCGUUUUUUAUUGAAGCAAGCGUUUAUCGAAAUUUUUUUUAUUUUCAUUAGACUCUCGCAAAUUAUCUAGGCCGUUAGGUUGCAUUGAUGAUUGCUGGUAUCGUCUAUUUUGCUUAGUUACUAGGUCUUUUUUAUUAAGGACUCAACUGUUUCCAUUUUUGUGGAGAUUUAGAAUCUUCUAUUUUUGUGAUAUAAAAAAUAUUUUUUACAGUCAAAUUUAAUGGUUUUUUUGCUCCUUAUUAUGAGUUACCUGAAGGACAUAACGUUUUCUUUAUUGAUAAGAGAUACUGACUCUUUUCUUUUAAUUACAUAUUGGUUCUUCAUUUUAUGGACAUCCCGUAUCUCUCAAAAGCCAAACGAGCCAAUCAGGGCAACUUGGGCAUACUGAUGAUAUUCUGUCUUUGGCUUAUUCGCCUAAAGACAGGUUUGUGAUCACUGGAGGACAGUCUGGACAGAUUAUAGCUUGACAUUUUGAGACUGGGUUCCCUCGGGCUUAUCUUCAUGAAAUUGAUAGUACGCUGCUGCCUAGCCCUGAAAGGCCUUCAAAAGCAGUUGAAGAGCUCAUAUAUGCUACAAAUAAAGAAAAAUUGCUGUCUAUAAGUGCUGACUGUUUACUAAGGUUUUGGGAUUUACGUGAAAUGAGACCUAGUAAAACAGUUGAUAUUACCCAUUGUGACAAUGAUUUAAUUACCUGUGCCUAUUUAAGUUCUAACGAAAUCACAUUAGUGACAGGUGAUGAGUCAGGGAACGUGAAAAUAUGAAACGUGCUGGAUAAUUUGGAGGUCGAGGCCUUGCUUUAUUUUAAUGCUCACCAAGGGGCAAUAUCAAGCCUUCAGCUAUUUUCUGUAGAAGAUUGUAUUUCUAAUUUAUUAUUAACUACAGGGCUGGAUAGGAAUGUUAAGCUGUUUACUGAAGAAGGGUAUUAUUUAGGGUACUUUGGACAGGCAAAGACGUGGAAUUUAGAAUAUCCAUCGACUGAUUCACCACCAAAAUCGCCCAAGCAGAAUAGACAGGUGUUUGUGAACUCUGGGUCGCCAAGGUCAGCAAAGUUUCAUAUAGAAGAAGAGGCAAAAGAAUCCCCGAAGCCAAUUAAGUAUAUCAGUAUUGACAGGCCGAAAACAAAUAAAAUUGAUACUACGUCUUCUGACGUGUUUAGAAGGAUAAAUAUUGAGAAGUUUAAGAUUGAGCAGAUUCCGAGUUCGUGGGAAGAAAGCUAUAGGUCGAAGACAGGCAAGAAUUUAAACUUAUCUGUAACGAUGGAGAAAAAACGUUAA